CAGUCAGCUCUUACUCUGUGGUUCUAGACGCAGUUCCUUCCGGGAAGUGUUGCAUGAAUGAAUCUCCCUCGACGGUCAUUCCACCAAAAAUGUCAAAGUUGCAGUUGUUGCAAGCGUUUUUCUCUGACCGUUUAACAACAGUGGCCGUAGAGAUAUCCGUGGCAGCGGGAAAAGCGUUUGCCGAGUACCAGGAUGAGAUCUCUCGUUCAAAGGAGGAGAAUCAACGCCUGCAGAGGCUGCUGGAUUCGGUUUUUAAUCCCGAUGUAAAAUUACACAAAGCAGACCCCCCGCAGCUCACUCUCACUGUCUCUGGAGAUGAGGUUCCCCCUGAGCAGCAGCACUGUGAGGAGGAGUGGAGUGAUCAAGAGAUCAUCCAGUCCAUAUUCAUUUCCCCCUGUGUGGAAAGCGACAGUGCUCAGGACUCACCCGAGCGCUCACAACUUUACCAAACUGGGAACUCCCUUCCCACCAUUGCAGCAGAACCGAUCCAAACAAAUCCCGAUGAAGAGGACGAUGAAAUAUCAGAAUCAACCGGUGACACUCCCCUCACACAAUUAAAGCCUCUCAAAAUAAAGAGAACACGGUUAAAGAAAGGACUAAGCUCUUACAUCUGCACUGAGAGCAAGACAACCAGUGAGUUGAAAGCGCCAUCGAGGGUUCACACAAGGAAGAGACUCUACAGUUGUACUGAGUGCACAGCAACCUAUGACAGACCUUGUCAUUUGGAAAUCCACAAGAGAAUUCACACGGGUGAGAAACCAUACGAGUGCAAAGACUGUGGUAAAUGCUUCAACCGCAAGAAUAGCCUAACGAUGCAUAUGCUAACUCACACAGGGGAGAAAUCGUUCUGCUGCCAUGAAUGUGGCAAAUGCUUUGGUCUAAACACGAGACUGAUACUUCACAUGAGGACACACACAGGGGAGAAGCCACACAAGUGCCCUUUCUGUGCCAGAUGCUUUACAUUUCCAAGUCACUUAAGUCGUCACAAGAAGCUCCACACAGGAGAGCGACCACAUCAAUGUAAUGUCUGUGGGAAAUGCUACACACGGAAGGAGCACCUGACAGACCAUAUGACAUCCCAUACUGGAGCAAAACCAUACAGCUGUAAGCAAUGUGGCAAAUGCUACGCAUUGCAGGGAAACCUGAGAGCGCAUAUGGCGAGUCACACAGGGAAUAAGUCAUUGUGCAGGUGCGCUGUGUGUGGAUUGGGUGUUCUAAAUCUAAGUCGCCACAUGCAAGAAGUUCACACAGGAGGCAAACAGCAUCAGUGCCAAGAUUGUAGGAAGUGCUUCAACCGAAAGGAAAAACUGACAGAGCACAUGAGGACUCACACGGGAGAGAAACCGUACCGCUGUCAUGAUUGUGGCGAAUGCUUUAGGCUCAAUGUAACCCUGAAGAAACACAUGAUGACACACACAGCUGCGGCAAGUGCUUUUCCAUGAGAGAAGCUAUGAGAAGUGAAGAGGACACACACAGGGAGAAAUCUGCUUAGUGCGAUGCAUGUUUCAGCGAUAUUGUUUAGAUUGUUCAAAUUCAAUGUUUUAAUGUUCACAUUCAAUGUUCAUAAAGUUUCAAUUCAUGUUUCAACUGAUAUUUAAUUUCAGAAUUUAUUCAGGGUCAGGGUCAGGGUUAAGGGUUUGUUUAAGGUAAGGGUCAAUGUUAGUUUUUUGCUAGUCGGUUUAAGCGUCAGCUGUGUCCUUAUAGUCUCUUCCAUAAUAGGUACAUAAAAGCUAUUUGUAAAAUAAAACAGUGUGUAAAGUGUCGACAUGCUUGUACCCUCUACUACAUCUCUGGACAGCACAUAAGAAUCCAUUGUGUAAAAUGUGUCAGUCAAACAAUGAGAGGCUUUUUGUAACUGACACAUGUAAGAGAACCUGUGCCCCAGGUAAUAACUAUUGAAUUAGUGACUGAACAUGUAGCACCCCCACAUUGUGACAACUAGUUGAGGGUUUGGGAGGAGGGAGGGAAGUGGGUUCAUAUGGUCCACAAAAAUGUGUAUUUCACUUAUUUUGUAUAUCUAUGUUGCCCAUUUGUAACUUUAAUCUCAAAAUGCACAUUUACCUGGCUGUACCUUCCGGUCAUUGUUGGUGCUUUAUGUUGGUAUCAAUAAAAAAAUGAUGAACAUGAAAA